GCAACAUAUUCCUAAAGAAAAGGGACAAAACAGGAGUUUUAGUGGUACAAACAAGAGAACCAUUGCAAUUUGUUUAAAACUAAACAUUAACUAAAUCAUUUACCUUUGAUUCGUCAUAAUUUUUCACGUAUUUUUUUUUAAUUUUAUGUAUAAUUACCGCGCGUGUUGACAGAGGAAGUUGAAGACGAGUCAUUAGUGAGUAUAAUCAUCGCAACAGCUCAUGGUGUUAUAUUUCAUAAUAUUUUUAUUAUAACCUACAUAGAUUAAAGUUCAAAACUUGACACUAUAUCAACAGGAUGACAAAAGUAACAUACAAGCUACUGAUUAAGACAUCAAAGUUGUAUGCAGAAGGUGCAACAGAUUCAAAUGUCUCUGUUCAACUAGUUGGCAAAAAUAAAUCUUAUACAGAUUGGUACGCGCUUGACAAAUUUUGGCGAGAUGAUUUUGAACAAGGGAGAACAGAUGAAUUCACGAUAGAAGACAAAGAAGUGGGGAGAGUCUUGUUUGUACGAUUUCAUCUGAAACACACUAAUAAAGAAAAGGAUUUGUGGGCAUGUGACAACGUAAUAAUCCAUCAUGGUAAUUACGUUGAUGAGUUUCCGCUGUACGAUUGGGUUGUUGAUAACUCUGUAAUUGUAAGAGGUGAAGGACUGAUUCCUCAAAAAAUAAGGUCUGAUGAACUGCUAAAGACUAUUAAAGAAGAACGAGAAAAUAAUCUACAAAGAUUUGCGUGGAUUGAAAAGGCAAAACCAGGAGACCCUGGGUGGAUGUUGCCUAGAUUUCCACCUGCAAAAAAUCUUCACAACGUGCCUCAUCAAUUGAAAAUGGACGACGCAAGAUUUGAACACAUGUCUGAAAUGAGGAACGUUGUGAAGUUUAACGCUCUUGUCGAAAAGUUACAAAGUUAUUUGUUCCCGAUCAAAGAGUUGGAAGAUUACAAGACUCUUUUCAGUGGAUUCAGAAUCUCUGGAGAUUUGCUCCCAUGUAUGGAAAGAUGGGAAGAAGAUGAAGAACAAGGGCGACAGAUGUUAAAUGGUGCAAGCCCUUUUGCAAUCAGUCGUUGUGGAAGGUUACCAGAUUAUUGUAAAAUUACAAAUUCUCAUGUACAAUCAUUUUUAAAUGAAGGAAAGUCGUUGGAGGACGAAAUUAAAGAAGGACGAAUUUACAUCGCCGACUACUCAUACAUGACUAAGGGUCUGCCAAGAAACAAGCAAUAUAAAACUGGAGAUCCUCUCUAUUGUGCGGAUGUCACAGCGCUGUUCUAUUCACCGGGCGACGGCAAAUUUCGCCCAAUCGCGAUCCAGUUAGAACCAGAUAAUGCAGAUUCCAUUUUUACUCCAAAGGAUGAGAGAUAUGACUGGAUGUUGGCCAAAAUGUACUUCCGAUGCGCCGAUACCAUUGUGCACCAGUGGAUAUACCAUUUCUUGUGGGGACAUGCGUUGCCAGAAACAGCCGCUGUUGCAAUGUUCCGAAAUCUAUCACGAACUCAUCCAAUCUACAAGCUUGUUCGUCCACAUCUUCAGCAUGUUGUUGUGAUUAAUCAAUUCGCAAGAGAUACUCUUAUCUUUGAUAACAGCACUUCAAACUAUACCAGAUCCAUAAAUGGUUCUGCAUUGGCGAGGCAUGUUUUCAAAGAUUUCGACUUUGACGACUUUGCCCUCCCGAAGUUGCUCAAGAAAAAAGGUCUUGAUGACUACAAUCUUCUACAGAACUACCAUUACAGAGAUGACGCUACCGCUUUAUGGAAUGCAAUUAAAAAGUAUCUUUUGAAAGUCAUCAAUAUAUAUUACAAGACAGAUGAGGAAGUGCGUGAUGACGAACAAAUACAAUCGUGGAUUAAUGACUUCGCAACUGAAGGAUUAGCAUGGCCAGAUGGGAAUACGAGAGGGUGUCCGACCUGUCUUAACAGUGUUGAUGAACUGGUACAAUUCUGCACAAUCGUUGUCUUCAACAGUGCUGUUCAACAUUCAGCAACACACAAUGCUAUGUUUGAUUUGUACAAAUUCAUUCCAAAUGCACCUGGCGGAAUGAGGCUUCCUAUACAUAAAAGAGGCGAGGCAACACUUCAGCGAGUGCUAGAUUCUCUUCCUGAUGUUACAAUGGCAACGAUUUUGUUUGGAAGUGCCUUCGUUUUGACAGAAUUACCAGAAGAAGAGGUUUAUCUUGGAGAAUUUCCAAUGAAUCUUUUUAUUGAAGAAGAGCCAAAGAAAGUCUUGAAUGAGUUUGCAGAUGAUCUCAAAGUGGUUGGUGAUAAAAUGAAAGAACGAAACAAGAAAUUGGAAUACCCAUACGAAUAUCUUUUGCCAGAAAAUGUACCUACCGGCACUACGGCUUGAGUAGAACGAUAUGUGAUUUUUUAAAUAACAAUAAUUGAAGAAGUGAUGUAUAUAUUUAUAAGGCUAAGGAAAAAACUGAAAUUGUAUGCCCUGAACUUGAAUUUUUAUAAACUCUAUAUUAAAAAGUAUAAGAAAUAUUGAACUAGGAACUAUAAUAUUUUAUCUUCAAAUAUCCAACUAACCGCAUGCUAAAAUUGUCAGCUCAUCUCUCAUUUGUUUUCUGUUAAUUAUGUAUCGUGUAUUAUAACAUUAUGUAGUAGAGAUUGGUGUGUUUUAUGAUAUACUGAUAUCACCAAAUCGCGCCAAUUUAAAAAUUUGGAAAGAAAUGAUACGGCAGAUGACAGCGCUUACUUUACCUCAUUAUUGCGCAUUCUUUCACACAGAAAAUCAUCCAUGUCUGUACCAGCUUACCGCCAUUAACACCGUGGGAUAGUUACAGACUAGAGUUAAUUACGUUUUGUUGAUUCAUUUUUCGAUAUUGAAUUUGAUAUAAAUUUUUAGCAUUAACAUUAACGCAAUUUUAUAUGUUGUCACAUUAUUAGAGAAAAUAUAAUAAAAUGAGAUUGCAUCAAAA